GGCCGUCAAGUAGGCAGGUGCAGCGGCAGCGGCAGCGAUGGGCAACAGGGUUACCCGCGAGGAUUUCGAGUGGGUUUACACGGAGCAGCCUCACACGCAGCGCAGGAAAGAGAUCUUAGGUGAGCCAUCCUGGGAGGUCAUUGCCCGCCUCGUUUUCCCACCACCCUCUGCUUUCUUGCUCCAGACCUCUUUCCUCCUAAAAACGGGCGGCGUUAGGGGUUAAUUCUCCGUCAGGAUCAGGCCCUCUGUCAAAAUCGCUUUGACUUUUAAUCCCAGGGGUGGAUGGGGGGUGGUCGGGGGCAGGGGGGCAGGGGGGCAACUUCCCCCUCCAAAAAAAGUAGAUAAAUAAAAAUAUAUAACAAUCUGAGCAACCUCUUCUCAGAUACGUCGGUUCUGUCCACCACCACCCCGACAUACAUCCUGGCUACACCCAUGUGUGUUGCUCGGAGGGCUGGCUGUGUGUGAAGAUAAUGAACUCUGCACAUGCUUGCGGGUUAUCUUUUCGUUGCUGUUGCUUUCCGAACAGUUCCAGGGUCCUGGCGCGGAAAGGAGGGCUUUGAUGGGGGCAAAUCCUGGCUCCGACGACGCCUUAGGCAGGCAGCGUUUCCUGUCAUGUCCAGUUUGCAUCGUCUUCUCCACUUCUCUUUCUCGCAUUUCCUUAUAGAUCCAGAAAUACACGGCAUAGCGAACUGUCUCUCUCUCUCUCCCCCAUCUCUGCCACGCUUCAGGUUGCAAACUUUCCUCCUGGAAAGGGGUUGCUGUGUGACAAGCAGAAAUCCCACGGGUGAAGUCUUUUCUCUUCAUGCAUUUGUACGCAAUGGGCGGGGAGGGGGGGGACUCACCUGGAUAAUUCUUGCUUGUCAUGGAAAGCUAAGGAAGGAAGGAAGGAAAUUCCCAGGUUGGGGUGCACCCCUCACCCCCUAUUUCCCCAUAGUCUCCCCAUCCAGUUUCCGACAGCCAGUGUUCCUUUUUGAAAAUGUUCCUAGAAAGCACAAAAGUGAAAACCACUUCUCCAAUUUGGUUACUGAGAGACAGUUCUGGUAACAUUCAGAGACACUUUCCUUGUGAAAUAAGGAUGGAGGCAUAUAUAUUUUUUUGUUAUUCUUGUUGUGCGCACAUAUGUAUAUGUAUAUGUGUGUGUGUGUGUCCGUGUGUCCCAUACCUUUCCUCCUCCAGGGAGGUCAGAGUAGAACCCUGUACACAGUUCAGUUGGCUGAUGAGUCAGAUUAUCAUGGGAGGCAGUGACUGCUUCAAAGCUGCCCAGCUCUCUCCACAGACCUAAUCUGAUCACUGCACCUGACUUCUUUAGUCUUCAGGUCAGGUUCUGUAGCUAUUCAAAGUCCUGCCCAGCCACACCCAUAGCUAAAUAGAUGUAGCUUUUUCCCCUUUCUUAUAGCCUGUGGGUGCAGUGAAAAAUUGCCCAACCUCUGCCAUACUUUCCUUCCUUCCUUUAUCAAUUCCCAUAACAUGACAUGGGAAAUUGCAACACGGUACACUAUGCAAAACACACUUUGUUAUCUGCCCCCCCCCCCGGCAGGGGCCAUUUUAUUCUGCUGUGUCCUAACCCGAGGGCCAGUUUUGCAUUUUCAACUCUUUUUUGCAUGUUUACGGUACAGCGAUCCGUAUCUAGGGGACUAGUUUUAGAAAUGGGGUGACUUGGGUUCAAACCAGCCCUCGGUGAUUUAAAGAUAUCAUCCUGAUUCGCGUUGCACUGCAAUCCUUACCUGGGAGUAAGUCCCACUGGACUCAGCGAGGCUUACUUCUCAGUUGCCAAGUACAGGAUCAGGGGUGCCAACUAGAAUAAAAAAUUCGGGGGGGGACCCAGGUCACUUCCACCCUACAUAAGCAAAUACAUGACUCAGCACAGCCGCAGAAGUUGGCUCCUAUGUAAUGGACUGUGUCCCUGCUGGUGAAAUUUAAAUAAUGAGCAAUUAUUAUUGCCUAUUAUAUUUAUUGGGACGCUAGUGGCGCUGUGGGUUAAACCACAGAGCCUAGGAGUUGCCGAUCAGAAGGUCGGAGGUUCGAAUCCCCGCGACGGGGUGAGCUCCUGUUGCUCGGUCCCUGCUCCUGCCUACCUAGGUUCGAAAGCACGUCAAAGUGCAAGUAGAUAAAUAGGUAACUAAAUAGUUAGCGGAGUCUGUAACCUGAAGUGUCUGUAACCUGAAGCAUAUGUAACCCAAGGUACCACUGUAAUUUAGACAUGCCAGACAUUUCUGAAGAGCCGGUCUUUGAAAAAAUAUGUUCCGUGUCAUUUACCAAAACAGAAUCAGGCUCAUGUUAAUUUAUCAUUAAUAGCCUAUAUCCCACACCCCUUUAUACCAUUCUUCCAUUUUAUAUUCUGCUUGCCCCUUCCACUUCCUAGCUAUCAUGAUUCAUGCAGCUGUCAAUAAAAUAUGUGAGCAUGUCCUUCAUAGCUUGCAAACCUUCCACCCCGUUGUAAAUUGACAAUAAUGCUACCUUUGGACUUUCGGUCAGCUUUAACCCAGUGAUUUCUGUUCCGUAAGGUAAGAUAGGGAAUACACAAGAGAAAUGAUUUUGAGGAGGUAUGGAAGGAAUUUGUACUGUUACAACGGAAAGGGGUCAAACCUUCGCAAGAGGUGUUGAAAUUUUGGGAGGUUGGAUCGUUGCAAUGGAAUGGUCUUGGUGGUGGAGUGCACAUUUUUAUUCUUACUUAUUUAUGAUUAUUACUUUGUCAAAAUAAAAAAUAAAAAUGGGGUGGGUGACCAGAAAUGUCAAGCAAAAACAAAAAACCCAGAAUCAGGCUGAUUUGUAAAUCAAGGCUUGGAAAACUUGGCAUUUUAUCUAUUUAUUUGAAUUUAUAUAAGGUUUCAUUGUAAACAACAACAACCUCAAAGCUUCUUACGAAAAGAAUGAUUUAAACCAUUCGGAAUAAGAAUAAUUAAAACCAACUACUAUUCUCUUAAGCAGGGAUGGGAAACCUCCAGCCAAACUGAAUGUUCAAUUUUAGCCUGCAUGGCCACUUUCCCCAGCCUCCCCGCAGCUGCCCCACCUGUGUAAGGAGAUUUUCCACUUUAAAGCACCACAGAGGGUUCUGUGCAAGCAAGCCCUGCUUGGGUGUGGUGCUGUCAAGCCCCAUUGAUCUCCUGCUUUCAUUGUGGGCAGAGCCAAGCCCCAAAGGUUCCUCACCUGUUCUCUUAAGGGACUCCAUUUGACUAAAGAUUUCACUACCAUUUGAAUUGCGUGUGCAAAAAUGCAGCAUCAGUGGUCAGAGGAUGUGAGGCAACUAAUUUCGUUAGGUUUAACGGCACGGCCUCUCGGACACUGGUUGCUCAAUUUCAACAGAAGGAUCAGUGGCCACACCCUGCACUAACACUUUGAUGCUUUUAUAAUCACAACGAGCCAAAAGGCAAGAACGGAAAAGAAUCAGACAUUUAUUGCAGGUACUCUGCCCCUUUGCUUUUGUCCCAGGAUUCAGCCGACUACUUUCAAAGCUUGUGAGCCUCACCUGAAUAGUAAUUGGCUCAUGUGAGCAAGCAAAGUAAAGAGAGAUAAGUAAAGCCAACUCAAAUCACAGGGAAUGCAAUGAAAUAAUAAUCAUUUCUUUUUUAAAAACAAAAAAAAUGACGAUUGUAAGGAAUUUUCCCUAUCACCUUUUCCUCAAGAGGCAUGUCUUUGAUGCAACAAGUAUAUUGUCACAAUGGAUUAUUAUCAUCAUCACAUUUAAUAUUAUCAAUUAGCAUAUUAAUAUUAAUUAAUAUCAUCAUAUCAUUAAUUAGCAUUAAUUAUUAUAAUUAAUUAGUUUUAAACGCAGUAUAAGGAGUCUCUAUAGGAGUGCAUUGUAUUUUAAAAUGGGGUUUCGGAGUUUUUAGGGGUUUUUGAGAGUCUUAUGUAGAUUUUUCCAUUUCAUUGUUCUGUAUGGGACAAUGACAAGAAAGAUACCGUAUUGUAUGGUAUGGUAUGGUAUGGUAUCAUAUAUGUAGGCUUGUUGAUUGUGCUACACAAGUACCUUGAGGCAACUUGUGAAUAAUAUUAGUGAAACAGACAAUACUAUUUUUUGCACUGGGUGCUGUUUAGACCCAGAAUGGAGGCUUUGUAAAUUGUUCCCGGCAACAAUGCAGCUUUUGAUUUCUGAGAAAGGAUGGAACUGAUUUACCGACUCAUCCAGUUCUUUAAAAAAGGGAAAAUGAGGUUGGGGCACGAUGCAUGAACUCACAUUCAGUUCAGCAGUGCGUGCGUUCACCAUUCAAAAUGGUGAACGAGGUUCACAUGGCGAUGAUGGGAUCUGCUUUUCAGUUCUCAUGUGAUUUCAAUUUCUCCCACUCACCCCCCACCCCUCAUGCAGGCCACACUGCUAAGACUCCGUAUCUUGUUGCUGUUAAUUAUUAGUCACAUUUUUACCCUCAAAGAAGCGUACACCUUGAAAAUGGAACGAACAAAGACAUUAAAAUCAGGUAUAAAAAACAACAACAGUGAGUGAAAACUAAAAUACUCCUCUGGAAGCAUAUCUAAAGUAAAUAAGUCCUACCUACCCCAACUGAAGGUACGCGGGUGGCACUGUGGGUUAAACCACAGAGCCUAGGACUUGCCAAUCAGUAGGUUGGCGGUUCAAUUCCCUGUGACGGGGUAAGCUCCCGUUGCUUGGUUCCUGCUCCUGCCAACCUAGCAGUUUGAAAGCACGUCAAAGUGCAAGUAGAUAAAUAGGUACCACUCCGGCGGGAAGGUAAACGGCGUUUCCAUGCACUGCUCUGGUUCUCCAGAAGCGGCUUAGACAUGCUGGCCACAUGACCCAGAAGCUGUACGCCGGCUCCCUCGGCCAAUAAAGCGAGAUGAGCGCCGCAACCCCAGAGUGGGUCACGACUGGACCUAAUGGUCAGGGGUCCCUUUACAUUUACCGCAAUUGAACACCACAAAGUCCCACUACCCUCUCACUUAGAAACCCAAAACCUGACUAAAUAGGUUUGUUUUUGCCUGGCAGCUGAAGGCAGGCAACAAUGGCACCAAGCAGUUUUCCUGGGGAGAGUGUUCUGCAAGCAGGGAACCACCACUGAAAAGGCCCCUUUUCAUGUUCCCACCCUCUGGUCCUCCCAUGGAUGGGGCACACAGAGAAGGACCUCAGGUGAUUAUAGCAGAUAAAAACAUGCUGGCUGUACAGAACCUCCAUGGGACACAAGAACCUGCCUUAUGACAAACUAGGCCAUUAUUUUAUUUGCAGCAAGUGUAGCUAGCCUGCAAUUCAGGUUUCACUUCAGUAACUCAGAAUCCACAAAUGUUUUUUUUGUGUGUGUGUGUUUUUGUUUUUUUCAUGCUGGGACUGCACUCUGGGUGCCAAUAUACCCUGUGAGGAGGUCUGGACCAGGGAAAGGAGCACUAAUUGUAACUUGCAUACCCUCCAACAUUUCUCCGAUGAAAAUAGGGACCUCCCAUUCCAUAAUGAUUAUUUUACUAUUUAUACCCCACACAUCUUACUGGGUUGUCCAGCCAUUCUGGGUAGCUUCCAACACAUGUAAAAACAUAAUAAAACAUUAAACAUUAAAAAAAAACUUCCCUUCAGAUGGCUCAGGGGUCAGAUAACUCCAUACCCUCCAACAUUUCUCCAAUGAAAACAGGGACAUCCUAAGGAAAAGUGGGACAUUCUGGGGUCAGAUCAGAAACUGGGAUGGCUUCUCUAAAUUAGAGACGUCCCUGGAAAAUAGGGGAAUUUGGAGGGUCUGAACUUGAUGGGGCAGCAGCUGAAUGGAAUGGUGUCAAUUCAGUCCUGGCAGCCAAAGAGACAGGAAAACCAGCUAGAGGGAGGCUUAUUGAGAAAAUAGAAGGACUAGCUUGAUGCUGAGAAUGAAAUGUGCAGAGAACUCUUGGCUAUGUGGGAUUUUCUCCUCCACUGCUCUAUUCUUGGAUGCCACUAGAGGGAGUCCAGGCAACAACUUUUCUGAUUCCCACCACUGCGCUGCACAUCUGUCUCUAAUUCUUGCAGGAUUCUUCUGCUACCAGUCCCCCUUCCAUGCAGGGAGCUGCCGAGGAGGGAUGGGGAGCUGCUGGAUUCUCCCCUUCCCAUCCCAUCCUGUCAACAUCUACCAUAUUUUUUGCUCUAUAAGACUCACUUUUUCCCUCCUAAAAAGUAAGGGGAAAUGUGUGUGCAUCUUAUGGAGCGAAUGCAGGCUGCGCAGCUAUCCCAGAAGCCAGAACAGCAAGAGGGAUUGCUGCUUUCACUGCGCAGCGAUCCCUCUUGCUGUUCUGGCUUCUGAGAUUCAGAAUAUUUUUUUUUCUUGUUUUCCUCCUCCAAAAACUAGGUGCGUCUUGUGGUCUGGUGCGUCUUAUAGAGCGAAAAAUACGGUUCACUUGUCUGUUUGAAAACAUUGCUUAGCCACCAUUCACCAGAAGCUUCCGGGCUGUCCUUGGGGAGAAAGAGGCCUGUUCUGAACCACACCAGGCAGGGCAGCUCCCACCAUUUCUUCCCUAUGGGUGGGAGGAGACCAGCAGCUCCUAUUCACUGUGAGGAUGCUGUACUGGCAGAAUGGAGGGUGGUGGGGUGUUUGCCGGGGAGACAAGAAGUCCAGCCUCCAAGAAAUAUGCCACAGCCAUUGCUGCCACCGUGGUGGCAUCAGCGGGCAAUGUAUUCCUUGGAGGCCAGAUCUGCUGCCUCUGUGGAUCCUACCGCCUGAGGCAGUCACCUCACCUUGUCUAAUGGGUGGGCCAGACCUUCGUGGAGGCCUGGUUUAUGUCAGGUAGGUAGCCUGAUGGAUAUUAAGGGCAGAGGGAUUUGUCUAGUUGGCACCACAAUUCCACGACUGGAUUCCAGGCAGUUUUGACUGCAUUUGUCCUAAUGUUUCUUUUCCUCCUCAGCAAAGUACCCAGCCAUCAAGUCUCUCAUGGGGCCAGAUCCCUACUUGAAAUGGAUAGUGAUGGGGAUGGUGUUCACCCAGCUUCUGGCCUGCUACCUUGUGAGGGACCUUUCCUGGAAGUGGAUCUUCUUCUGGGCCUAUGCUUUCGGGGGCUGCAUCAACCACUCCAUGACCCUGGCCAUCCACGACAUCUCCCACAACGUGGUCUUUGGCAACAAGCAAAUCAAGUGGAACCGGUGGUUUGCCGUCUUUGCCAACUUGCCCAUUGGACUCCCCUACUCGGCCUCCUUCAAGAAGUACCACAUAGACCACCACCGAUACCUUGGUGGAGACUCGUUGGAUGUGGACAUCCCCACGGACUUUGAGGGCUGGUUCUUCUGCACUCCCUUUCGGAAGAUCAUCUGGCUUGUCUUCCAACCCCUUUUCUAUGCCUUGAGACCGCUCUACAUCAACCCCAAAACAAUUACCGAGAUGGAAAUACUUAACGCUUUGGCCCAGUUCUCUGUCGACUUGAUCAUCUACUACCUGUGGGGUUUGAAGCCUGUUGUUUAUUUAAUAUCAGGGACGUUGCUUUGCAUGGGCUUGCAUCCUUUUUCGGGGCACUUCAUAGCAGAACACUAUAUGUUCCUGAAAGGGUAUGAAACAUAUUCCUACUACGGACCCCUCAACUGGAUCACCUUUAACGUGGGCUAUCAUAUGGAACACCACGAUUUCCCCAGCGUUCCUGGAUCUAAGCUGCCAAUGGUAAGCUCUAGAGUUUUUGACCCUUGCAAACAGGUUUGGCUCUUUGGGUGUUGCUGAAAUACAACACCCUUCGGCCCCAAGCAAGCAUGGCCAGUGGCAAGGGAUGAUGGGAGUUGUGGUUCAGCAACAUCUGGAUGAGCCAAAGGUUGUGAAGCUAAUUUACAUAUGCAGCUUAUGAAAGAAAAGUGGCUCUUGAAUCCUGAAAUUAGAGGUGGUGGUGCAGUUAGGUAAUUUUAGACUCCGGACUUAACGACCUGGUAGGAAGGCAUCUAUUUAGACAGUAGCAUGCAUUAACUUCAGAAAUGCGAUAAGCCAGCGUUGUUGUGUUUGGGAGCCUCCCUGCUCAUACCUACACCUUAAUGUCAUCGCUGCUCGGGGGGAUGCAGUGAGAAUAAUGGUAUUUACAUAUACAGCAUAAAGUAAGUGAAUGCAGAUUGCUAGACAGACACUAUUUUGUAGCUGGCUUAACCCCAAGCACCAAAGAUACUCUAGAUCAGCGUUUCGCAAACUUGGGUCUCCGGCUGUUUUUGGACUACAACUCCCAUCUUCCCUAGCUAGCAAAACGAUUGGUCAGAGAUGGUGGGAUGGUGAUGAUGAAAGCAGCUACUCUGGGCGGCUUACAGCACAUAUAAAAACAUAGUAAAACCUCAAACAUCAAAAACUUCCCGAAACAGGGCGAUUGUAGUCCAAAACCACCUGGAGAACUAAGUUUGGAAAACACUACUCUAGAUGAAAAUAAUACCUUCUAGGCCUUAGGAAAGAUGCUUUCAUAGGAAUCUGAGGACAGUGAGGAGAAUUAUAGGCCUAGGACUUGCCGAUCGGCAGUUCGAAUCCCCGUGACGGGGUGAGCUCCCAUUGCUCAGUCCCUGCUCCUGCCCACCUAGCAGUUCAAAAGCACGCCAAAAAGUGCAAGUAGAUAAAUAGGUACUGCUCCGGCGGGAAGGUAAACGGCAUUUCCGUGCGCUGCUCCGGUUCGCCAGAAGAGGCUUAGUCAUGCUGGUGACAUGACCCGGAAGCUGUCUGUAGACAAAAGCCGGCUCCCUCGGCCUAUAGAGCGAGAUGAGCAUGCAUGCCCAGAGUUGUUCAUGACUGGACCUAAUGGUCAGGAGUACCUUUACCUUUAUAUUACUACAGUCAUACCUCAUGUUACAUCCGCUUCAUGUUACGUUCUUUCAGGUUACAUUCCGCGGUGACCCAGAAGUACUGGAAAGGGUUACUUCUGGGUUUCGCCGCCCGCGCAUGUGCAGAGGCACAAAAUGACAUCAUGUGAAUGCACAGAAGCGGUGAAUCACAACCCGCGCGUGCGCAGACGUGCUGCUGCGGGUUGUGUUCUUUUCUUGUUGCGAAUGGGCCUCCGGAACGGAUCCCAUUCACAACCAGAGGUACCACUGUACAGUGGUACCUCUGGUUACGUACUUAAUUCGUUCUGGAGGUCCAUUCUUAACCUGAAACUGUUCUUAACCUGAGGUACCACUUUAGCUAAUGGGGCCUCCCACUGCCGCUGCUGCGUAAUUUCUGUUCUCAUCCUGAAGCAAAGUUCUUAACCCGAGGUACUAUUUCUGGGUUAGCGGAGUCUGUAACCUGAAGCAUCUGUAACCCGAGGUACCACUGUACUGGCAAAUAGAUGCAACCUCAAGACACUCUGUGCUGCUUUUUCCCAGAUCUUUUUUUAUUAAGUUUAGUAGUAUAUAUACCGAAUAAAUUUUUAUUAAAUUUUCCACCGCAAUAACAUAAACCACAAAGCAAAAUGAUACACAAAAAACAGAAAAGGAAAAAGGAAGAAAGAAAAAAGAAAAAAGAAAAGAAAAAGGGGGGGAACAAUAAACAAAUAGACAAUAAUAACAAACUUAAUUCUUCACAAAUCCAACUUUUUAAACAUCUUGGUUGACUUCCUCAAAUCCCUCUCUUCUGAAUUUCCUUGUAAUUUAAAAGUAACAGCUUUCCAAUAUCAUUAUUAAACUAAAACAAUUUCCAAUUAUGGUCAUCUUAUUCACUUUUCUUAACAUUCUGAAUCCCAUUUAUUUAAUUAUAACUUAAUUUAAGUUUAGUAGUAUAUAUAAGCACACAUUCAGGAAAUAAAAGCACAGCAAAACAAUAACAGUGUGUAACCAGUUAAGUGUCAUUUAUCAUCAGGGUCCAGAAAAGGGCAACUCCCCUAAGGAGAAAGGUUGCAGUGUUUAGGGAAAAAGCAAAGAAGAGGUGACAUGAUGGAGGUUUAUAAGAUUUUGCAUGUUGUGGAGAAAGUGGAUAAAAAGAACAGGCCGGGAAAGAAAACGUGGUUAUGAGGCAUCUGAUCAAGGCCUGUAUUUUAAAAUGAGCUUAAAGAUAUAUUUGCAAAUGUUUGUAUGUUUCAUGCCAGGCAGAAACCAGCUGGCUAAGUACUUUGGCAGUUGUUUAUCUUCCUGCUCUCCUGAAAAAGGGCCCCCCUGAUUUAUAGCAGUAGCAGGAGACAAGUUUCUCAAAGUUGUAAAAGGGAAUUACAGGUUGGGAGCAAAUGUUACACUGACCCUACAUAUUACAGAAUACAAUCAAGCUGCAAAAACACUAAUUAAGAGUUGGUAAAUAGUAAGAUUUAUUGUUUAACAGAAAAUAAUACCAUGUGCCUCCCAUCAGACUCUAGCCAUAUUUUCCUAAGGUUUAAGGUAUACUGAGAGAGUUAAAGGGCAAUAAAUUUUGGGAAGAGCUAAUGGGAAAAGCAGCUGGCUGGGAAAGGGGGUGUAAACUGAAGAGGCUUCUUUUGAAGCUGUUUUUACUGAGUUCCUUUUUUACUUUGCAAAGGCCUUUUCUUCUAAAAAGCUAUCUAUGUUAUGUAUGAGAUUUGUUGGCUUAAUGUAAUUAUGCAAAAGAUUUAGAAAGUAAGAAAUGUUAGAGUCUUAUGUUAGAUUCUUAUUUCAUUGAUGGUGUGUGAGAAUGUGAACCUAAGAUCUCUGUUUAGAUAGAAUUUAAUACCAUGAGCCAUUUGUUUUAGCCAUUUGUUUUGGAAUGCAGGGGCAACAGGGGCAAAAGGUGAUCUGGUAAUUAAGGUGCCUUGUUGAGGCAAAUGUAAGAUAUAUGGCUACUUGUCUGCCAUUUAUGGAUAGAAGGAAAUAUAGCUCUUUGUCUCCCAUAAAAGGCAAUAGGAAAUGGGUGUAUCUUUUAUGAUUGGUUCUAGCAAACAGCCAAUAGGAAUUUCAACCAGGCUGAUUGGACAGAGGCAGCCAAAGGAGGAGCAAGGGGGCUGGGCUGAGGAAAUAUAAGUGCUGGCCAUCAGGGCUGGAGGGGGCAGAGCUUUGGUAACUAUAUACCACUGUGCCUAUCAUUUAUUUGUCUGACAAAUAAAUUAUUAUUUUAAUUUCUCUAUUGCUGCGUUGAAUAUUUCAUUCCAGCUAAGCGUUAACCACAAGCAGGGUGCUACAGUUGAGCAACACUUGCUGUAACAGACUAAGGGUCAAGGUGGAUGAAUGGUCAAAUGCAUGCUCAUAUUACUUGUAUGUCUGUGUAGCAGUGUUCCAUUUUGUUUCUGCGUCUGUUUAAACGGCAGUUGAGGAGGGGGAAAGGAAAAGGAAAAACAAACACAGACUUUAGUGUGACCAAUGCUUCUCCCAUAAGCACAGCAAGGUGGGUUUUUUUAGGUAGCUGGCUUUUGUUAAAAAAGGGCUACAGAUCCAAUGUUAGUUCAACUCAUUCAAUAGACUUCAUGCAAAUAUGUGAGCAUGACUGAUUUUGAUUCUUUAAUUUGAGCAUAACUUAGUUGGACAUACACACACACACACACCCAGUUCUGUGGCAUGCAGGGAGUUCUGUGGCUUGCAUUAGGUUCCCUACACCCAAAAGCUAAUAUCUGCAAGAAAAGCUGCUUUGGGAAAGGGGAUUUUCAUUGGGACUGUGAUACAGGAGGAAAUAAUUUUUUAAAAUAAAAAAAGUAACCUGUCUUCCCCAUGUGCAGUGGUCCCAGCUGACACGCACCCACCCCUGAUGUAUGUUUAAAAAGACACAAAUCCGGGUAUAUAAACUGCAGUCGUGCGUUUAAUUCUUUAGCUCAGAAGCUGGCCUGUUCCCUUUUCCUGCACGCAUGUUCCCAACAGAGCCCAGUCUUAUCAGCUACUUUGUGGAAUGCGGUGCGAUCGUCUCCCCCCACCCCCCAAGCAAUACAAUAGGGCUUGUCAUACUUUCAGGCAGGUUUAUUGCCCUGGGGACAAAUAAGUAACUUAUUAAAUGAGUGCCUUUCUGCAGUGACAAAUCAACUGGCUUGUGCAAUGACAGUCGCUGCACACAAAUGUAGAUAGACAAGUCAAAUUCUGCCAGCCCAGUGAUUUUUCUUAAUUGCAUAGUUCCAGAACAAGCUUUAUAACCCGUUCGAAGCCAGUAAUAGCCGUAUCACUGUUUCCUUGGCAUGGUCUGCUUCCUGCUUGUUCCUGAUGGGGCACUGAGAUAGCUCCGUUGAUAGAGCAUGACACUCUUAAUCUCAGAGUUGUGGUUUUGACCCCAACGUUGGGCAAAGGAUUCCUGCUUUGCAGGGCCUGGACUAGUCGACCCUCGUGGUCCCUUCCAACUCUACAAUUCUGUGAUUUUAUGAAAUGCAGUAAUUGGGUGGCAAAUGUAUAUCAUUGACUGUUAAGGUGACAAAAGGAAAGGAAGCUUCUUGUUAUUGUUGUACAUGGUUUUGCCUCUGUGACUCUCCAUAGUUUUCAAAUGUCUUACCAAUGGACUUCAGAAGGGAAGGCUCUCUGUGCCAGUCCUCUGAUGGAUGCAGAAAGCCAGCCCCAGAGCUCUCUCCUUUGAAGUUAUCGCCCGGUGUCAGGUGAUGAGCAGGUAGAUGGGACUUAUCCAGCUUUCAAAGUUGGCCCACAGGGUGAGGGACGUGGCAGGAAGGAAGAUCCAGCCCACUAGCCAGUUUGGGUUCUCUACACCUUUCCUGCUAUAAAACACCCCCCCCCCUGUUUCUGCCCUAUUCAUUCCUCCUAAUUUCACUCCUAACCAAACAUCCAAAACCGGAACGGAUCCUGAAUCACACUGACACUUGUGUAGUAGUACAGAAUGGGGCAUCUGUGGACCGCCCCUCGUCCUUGGCCAUUGGUCACACCGGCUGGGGCUGACGGGAGCUGGAGACUGCCAUAGGUUCCCCAAACUUCUAGGAUUGCAUCUAAUUAUGUGGACGCUUAUCCAGAAAGCAUCUAGGAGCGUAUGUGACCAUCCACUGCAUCUUCUAUUCAGAGGCAUGCUUCUUCUGCUAAGGGUUGUUCCAAUCCGAUGGCAGCAGCCAUUGCUAGACUGACCCAUGGACCUGCCUGCAACAGGGAGCUUGCCUUAGUCUCCUCAGUGCUGUCUACACUGACUGGCAGCAGCUAUCUGGGUUUCCAGGCAGGGAACUCUCCCACCACCUACCUGGAGAAGCAGGGGUUCGAACCUGGGACUUUCUGAUCUGCUCUCCCCACUUUCUGUCUGCUUGCUCACAGAAUUAGCCAUGGGGCUGGCGGGUGGUGUGGAACUGCUCCCAACUGCGGUUAGACGUGGGGCAGCCUUUCUCAACCUGGCGCCCACCAGAUGUUUUGGCCUAGAACUCCCAUCCUCUCUGACUCACCCGCCAUGGGCUCAGGCACACUUCAGUUUGCCCUGCUGCUUUCCUCCAGGAAAACCCAUGGCUUAGCACUGAACUGGAGUGAACAACAACUGGGCUUCCUGCAGAUGUUUGCUCCAUUGCUAUGAAGCAUGGGACAAGGAGGAAGACAAGGCCCAUGGCAGAUGGGACUGGUGGAAGUUGUAGUCUGGGGCAGGCUGUCCUAGGUCUGGAUCGGCAAGAAGGUAAAGGGACCCCUGACCAUCAGGUCCAGUCCUGACCGACUCUGGGGUUGCAGUGCUCAUCUCGCUUUAUUGGCUGAGGGAGCCGGCAUACAGCUUCCGGGUCAUGUGGCCAGCAUGACUAAGCCGCUUCUGGCGAACCAGAGCAGCGCACGGAAACGCUGUUUACCUUCCCGCCGGAGCGGUACCUAUUUAUCUACUUGCACUUUGACUUGCUUUCGAACUGCUAGGUUGGCAGAAGCAGGGUCCAAGCAACAGGAGCUCACCUCGUCACAGGGAUUCAAACUGCCGACCUUCUGAUCAGCAAGUCCUAGGCUCAGUGGUUUAACCCACAGCGCCACCCAGGUCCCAUAUCGGCAAGGAAACACAGUACAAAUCCAGCAAGCUGCAUUAUGUCCUACCUGGACAGUCACAGAUUCCUGCAACUUUGGCUUACAUUUUAACUUGGAAGCUGUCAAGUGAAGGUCAAAAAUCUGUGCUGGAACUGGGAAAGACAGAAACAAUGGAGCUUUUUUAAAAAAGCAUUUUAUUUUUUCUUAGCACACCUUAAAACUGGUAGGGCUUCUGCCAGCCAACGGGCCUUCAAGCUGCCAGUUGGCUAUUCCUAGUCUAGCAAACAGAAUUAGUCAUCUAAAUUAUCUGACUGCCCUGGUUCUGUCAGAUGAAUGCUCAGGUUAGGUUUCAAUGCUGCCAUGGGGCGAGGGAGAUUCUUGCUCUGCCACAUUCAGAGCCCUGCUAGCUCCUCGAGGCCAAAGGAUGAGGGAUCCAACAGGACUUUUUCCUUCCCUCUUCCCUUCUCCCCUCGACUGACUGCAAUGGGAUUUGAAUUCCAGGGUGUAUGAACCAUGAAAAAUCUCUUCGCUCUCAAAAGUAAUCUGGGUCGCUUUCAUUUGUUCAUUGGGUUUACUCUUGGCAUAAAUUCUAUUAGCUUGCAUUCAAACAGCACUCUAUUCCGUUUUCCGGACGUUUUCUUACACGACAAUUUUAGCGUUUUUACAUCAUCUGUCACGCCAUGUAAAAGCCACUGCAGAAAUUUAGCACACAUUUCCAUGUUAACUGCUUCCGGGGGGACAGGACCCCAUCUUGCAAGCCUGUUAACUCAGAAAAACACAGGAGUUUUGUGCUCAGUUUGCAUGUGUCAAAAUUCAAGGGUGGGGUGUUUUUUUGGCAUGCAGUUCUUUCCUGCCGUUUCAAUGGGUAAAUCAUGGGAGAACAGAAGUGUUCAUGUGCAUAAAGGGUGGCAACACAUACACAAGUGUCAGCCGUUGUGACACACCACACUCACUGGUGUGAAUGAAAUUUAGGGUGACACAGCGCUCUUGGUCAAAGGCCAGCGUUUCAUAACACAGCAGGUACUGCCGCUUUAAAGUAGAAUUACCGUAUUUUUCGCUCUAUAACACGCACCCAACCAUAACACGCACGUAGUUUUUAGAGGAGGAAAAUCCGUAGGCAUGCCACCCAUAGGCAUUCCCUCCAUAACACGCACAGACAUUUCCCCUUACUUUCUAGGAGGAAAAAAGUGAGUGUUAUGGUGCAAAAAAUACGGUAGAAACGUCAUGUCCAAAUGCAUUCUAAGAUAGAUGUUUCACAGAUAAACGAACAGUGGAUAAAAAAUUUCUUUUGCUCUUUGCAGGUAAAGAAGAUAGCAGCAGAAUAUUAUGACACCCUGCCUCAGCACCAGUCUUGGGUUCGAGUUCUCUGGGACUUCAUUUUUGAUGACUCCAUCGGUCCUUAUUCAAGGGUGAAGAGAAUAUGCAAGCUGGCACCAGACUCUCGAUAGCUGCGGACUCUGCCCUUUCCCCCUUUAUAAGCUUAAUGGACCUUUGCACCCUGUAUACUUCCCCCAUCCAAACAAACAUAAACGAGUCUGUUCUCUGAACAGAGCGUGCCCAGUAACCACAUAAGAGCUGAUGUUAUAUUUCUGACACCCA